GCACCCUCGUGUGGUUGCAGUAAGUCACUGCAGUUGUGGACUGAUAUUCAAGCUUGCUAACAUGAUACAGAGAAGCAGAUGACUAUGCGAUUUGAAAUGGACAAACAGCAACAAGACAAUCAAGCGUGCAAUUAAGGAGGGGAGCAUUACCUGUCUUGCGGUUGCUGAACAUCUUCAUCAGGCUUCCACAUCAAUCUGCGCCACAGAAGGAAGUCAUCACGUUGGGACGGCAGUGACGGUCAGUCGCAGAGGAAUGGCGUCGCCGUUUGUGCCUGUCCCAGUACCCUUGGACAGAGUCUCAUCAAGUGGUAGUAGCAAGCUAAGAAGGCCGCCGCGAGCUUCUUCGCUCGGAAGCGUUUCCAGCAAUUCUUCGUCCCCAGUAACCACUGUGGGCGAGCAUGGAAAAAGACACGGAGGUUCCCAGCGUCAGUCCCGUUGCACGGACAGAAGCAGUCGAAGCCAGACGCCGCCGCCGCCGCCGCCUCUUGGCAGUCCCGUCAUGCAGACGAGAGAAAAUGGGACUCUUGAGCCCUCUGUGGGCUAUUCAAGUUGCCCCCGCUCUAUUUCGGCUCCCAUAGGAAGCCAGCAAGAUGGAGGAGAGGAAAGGCCAAUCACCCCAACAGUUCUUGGAUACGAAGUCAUGGAGGAAAGGGCAAAAUUUACGGUUUACAAAGUCCUGGUGAGGAAAACCACGGACGAGAGCUGGGUUGUUUUCAGGAGGUACGCUGACUUUUCCAGACUCAACGACAAGUUGAAAGAGACCUUUCCCGGUUUUCGGCUUGCGCUGCCUCCUAAAAGGUGGUUUAAGGACAACUAUGACAGCGACUUCCUGGAAGACCGACAGUUAGGACUUCAGGCCUUUUUGCAAAACUUAGUUGCACACAAAGACAUUGCCAACUGCCAAUCAGUGAGAGAGUUUUUAUGUCUGGAUGAGCCGCCAGGGCCCUUCGAUAGUUUGGAGGAGAGCAGGGCUUUCUGCGAAACUCUAGAAGAAAGCAACUACCGUCUUCAGAAAGAACUGCUGGAGAAGCAAAAAGAGAUCGCCACGCUCAAGAGGCGCCUUCAGGAGAAAGAACAGGCCAUCCUGCUGAUGGAAAAGCAAAUCAAUGGUGAAUGUGCGACCUCGCUGUCUCCAUGCGGCCUGUCAGCGCAAGGCAGCGAUAGCAGCGCCGACGCAGAUGUGGAAUCCUCUGCCGCGGAGGCCGAUCAAGACAUGCCGAACGGAGCCGGUGACACGUGUGAGGUCCAUCCGGGGCGAUCGUCUGCCUGUUGGUGCGGACCGUCGUCGCUCGGCGCCUCUCCUCCAAUCAUCCAGGUUGUCCAGCUCGACCAACACGAGAUGGAUAAUUAAAAACACUGGUCUUCCUUCUUCUCUUCUUGGUUUCACACCAUAUGACUCGAGCCAUGUGCAUCAGCAGGUCCACUUUUUUUUUAUUUCCUUACUUCAAGCAAAUGUUCUUUAAUUCUUCUUUGCCUUAAGGGCAGGUUUUGGUUCCAUGUACACUUUUGUUCAAAAGCUGGCGCUCAGAUUAGAUGAUUCUUUUGCAAUAUUUCGAAGAGAACCUCUGGUUCUGCCACAGCUUGCUUCUAUUUUUCUCAUAUGGUUUCCAUGUGAUGGGUUAUGGGAUCUCACGUCUGAUACUCAGAUAAGAAAUUCUAAAGGCUGGAACAACAAUGUCUGGAAUCACUUGAGUUAAAACACCUUUUCCAUGACCCUCUCCAUUGCCUACAUUUUAAUUAAUCCAUCCUGCUGACUGAAAGCCAAAGUUUGGCUUCCUGACCAAAAAGAAAAUAUAUAUCUUGAGGAUGUUCAUAGCAAUUAUGUCUCUUUAUAAAUAAACUUGAAUCGUCGCAUCAGUUUAAGAAAACCUCCGCAAGGGUGAAGUGGACACCGAGUUUGCUUAUAGACUUCUGUUGACCUGGCAAGUAUAGAAAUGAAUAGAUUAUAUUUUUUACUCUGCUCAAUGGGAAAGUCACCCUCCAAAUUUUCUUUGCAAUAAUAUGUUCCGUGAGUUCAUCUAGUCAAUUAAUAUUGUGUUUGUAGAAUUUGAAUUAAACCGAGAAAAUCCACCUGUUUAUAUUCAUCUCAGUAGGCGGCCAUUUUGCCACUUGCUGUCGACUAAAAAUGACAUCAACUCUGAUAUCAAUUUGAUAUCAAAAAUGGACGAACCCUGAGCUGGAUGAAAACGGAUGAAUUGUCCUGCUUAACUCUUAUUCCACAAAUGCAAUAUUAAUCAGAAUGCCUAGUGGCGACACAUGCAAAAUAUCGGGAAGAAAAUUUGGGGUGGACUUCCCCUUUAAGAAUCACGUUCUACAUACCAUCAUGCUCUUGGUCAAAUUUGUGGUAAACCAAGUAAUGCAGGCAAACACAUUACAAGAAGGUCAUGAACUAAAAACAAAAGUUGUGGAAAUUCACUGCAAAGAAGUGCGAGAUUGCUCUACUCAUGUCUGCCGCGCGCCAUGAUUUCACACAAUCUCAUAUGUUAAGUGCAAAAAAAAAAAAAAAAAACCUGACAACACGUUACCUCCCUUGACAAUGUGUGCAACGGAACUGGCGGAGUAUAACCGCAAUGUCUGCUAGCAUUUUGCGACGGGUAGAUAUGAAAGAUUGUGAUAAUGACGUAACUUUAAUAAUUCUUAGUUGUUGACAAUAGCUGUAAAACUGUUUCUUAAACUUAAGAUUGUUGAAAGCCAUAUUUUUUGGAACGCAGAAUGGAUCUUUACAAGGAAUGUGUGAUGACCAGCUGUUGUUUUGUGGUAAGUGACGCUGCAAGACAGGCCUUGGAAUCAGUGGUGCGAAGCACUUUACGGAGAAACAAUUAUACUUAAUAGUCAUCAUAAUAAUAGCUUUUUAGUACCACGUUCUCGUGUUUUGGUUUGAGAUUUUCCUGUCAUUCAUCUCAGUAAAAAUCAUGUUGUCAGUUCGGGUUUUAUUUGCUUACGUGUAUAAAAGUUAAGUGCCUUUAACAUCUCAUAAUAUUUUCAUUUGGUGGCCUGUUGUAGCUUUGUAUAUAAAAUGUGUUACUUUAUAUCAAACCACCAUAUGCUAUUAAAGGAAAUAAUGUUUCAAAUGA